AUGCCAAAUUAUUCUGAUGGUGAGCCAGAUGCCCCAGCCAUAGCCUCAUCUGAUGUCUUAUCCCGAAGAAAGAUCUUGAAACCAAAAGGAAGAUUAGGCUCGAACACCACUGGUGCUGGCUCGAAUGCAUUUGGUGCAAUUAACAAGCCACCGCAAUCUAUAUUUUCCUUUGGUGGUAGUGGAAACAAUGCUGCAUCGGGAAUAACUCCUUCUCAACCAGCUCAAUCCAGUAACCCAUUUAAUUUUGCAAACAAACCAGAAUCAAAUACCGUAAAUACUGCAUCCGUAGACAAAGACAAUAAGAUCAAAGCAUUAAAUGAGAACUUUAUUCAAGCCAUCACCAAAUUGAAUGUGCCUAAUACAAUAGCCGAUUUCACCCCAAUUGCACAGAAAUAUAUUGACUAUUACAAAAGUAUACUGAAAAAUGAGACUUUCCUGGAAAUUGCAUCUAAAGAAGUAAAAGAACCGGUUCAACCACCCCCAACAAGUUCAUUUCAAUUCAAGCCAAGUAAUGUAAGCGCUCCAUCAGCAGCUGCUACAGUUACUCCGUUUUCUUUCAAACCUUCUGCCCAAUCUUCAGAGUCUAAGUCAAACGGUCCUGUUUUUUCAUUUAACUCCAAUUCACAACAACAAACUACCACUAAACCAGCAUUCUCGUUCAAUACACCGUCAUCAUCAAUUACGGGAUCUACUACAAGCGCUCCUCCAACAUUUUCAACAGAACCAGUUUCAUCUUCCGUUCCAAAUGAGGCAUCAAAGUCCGAAACCAAAAGGGAAUUGAUCAACUUAGAUUCAGAUUCAGAAUCUGAAUCCGACAAGGAAGACUCUAAAACCAAAGAAGUCAAAGUUCAAGGUCCUAAGUUUACCCUCACAUCCAACCCUACUACCAAAUCAUCACCAUUUACAUUUGACCCUAAAACAUUGGCCAAAAAAAAUGCACCAGAUUCAGAUGAUCUGGAAGAUGAUGUAGAGAUCAAGGGUCCAACUUUUCAAUUCAACAAGCCCAUUCAAGAUAGUGUUUUUAAAUUGACGUCCAAUAGUGCCGAUAAUACAUCAAAAUUAGAUGAAAAGAAAGAAGAAGACGAAGUGAAAAGUACACCAUUAUUUGGUGCAACCACUCAAGACAAGGAUCAAGCAACAACACUGACAGGUCUCUUUGGAUUUGGCCAAAACAAGGGAGGUGAAACUAAGGCUCCAAGUUUGUUUGGAGGUUCUUUUGGCUCAAACGGGAACACCACAGAACAGAAACCAGUGAGUACCUUUUCUUUUGGAAAUUCUCAAAAUAAAACAGACUCUUCUGCAAAUACCGAAACAAAAAAGACCGAAACUCCAUCAUUUUCAUUCGGUACAACAAAUUCUUCUUCCAAGCCAUUAUUUGGAUCUCUGAAUAACGAAGGAAAUGCUAAACCGGCAUUCACUUUUGGAUCUACUACUGAUAAGAAAGAUGAAUCCGCUAGUGCAACCGCCACCACCACGCCAUCAUUCUCUUUCGGAACACAGCCAAAUAAAACUGAUAGUGCAAAGGAAGCUCAGGGAGAUAAACCAGCAACAUCGUUAUUUGGAAAUAGCUCAGAUAAUGCGAACAAGCCUGCCACAACUGGUUUUUCAUUUGGUGCAAAGACACAAGAGGACAAAUCAGAAGCUCCAAAGUUCGUGUUUGGAUCGUCUAAAGCAAAUCCAUUUACUUUUGGGGCUUCAAACAACCAAGGCGAUUCUGCAACUACUCCAAGCUUUAAUUUUGGAUCAAAUUCAUCCAACAAUGCAUUUCUGUUUGGUUCUAAACCAACAGGAGCAUUUAACUUUGCCCAGAAACAAGAAGAUCAAAAGAAUGAAACAUCAUCAACAGUAACGACAUCUUCUAGCUCGUUUGGUCUGACAAAACCAGCAUUUGCAUUUCCAUUUGGUAGUGCAAAACCAGAAGAUAAGCCAGAGGAGAAGAAAAAUGAAGAAACUGUACCUGAAGAGGAAACAGGUGGUAAGUUUGAGCCUGUGGCUAAGUUAUCGAAUGAACAGGUUGAUAGUAAGAGUGGAGAAGAAAAUGAAACUGCAAAAUUCACUAUACGUUCGAAGUUAAUGGAAUAUGACUCCAAAAAUUCCGAGAAUCCAUACACAAAUAAAGGUAUUGGAGAAUUGAAGGUGUUAUUCAAUGAGCAAACUAAAAAGUCAAGAAUCUUAAUACGUGCAGACGGAAGUUUGAGAGUUCUUUUGAAUACUUUAAUUUUGUCUAGUGUGAAGUAUGAUAGUAUUGGCAACGGCUCUUUGAUUCGUGUUCCUACUAUUGACGCCGAUGAUAGCUCGAAAAUCAUCACCUAUGUGAUCAAAGUAAAAACUCCUCAAGAUGGGGAACAACUUUUAAAAUGUAUUAACGAAUUGAAAUAG